AUGCUAUAACUUAAUUUAAUCUACAAUUUGAAUGAUUUUAUAAAAUGUAAGGAUUGUAAGUGGGAAUAUGAGAGAUAUUUAGAAUUUGAAGGGAGAAAAUGCUAAAAUAUAUUUUUGAUAUGA